UUUUGCAAAGUCUUUAUUGUUUUACAGGGCUAUAAUGACAACGCCAGAUGCUUUGAAAUACCGCGGCGCACUUUCUCAGGUGAUGACGCUAAGAUAACGGCUGUUUUUUCGAAAUACUUUUCUGAAAACAUUUUGAGAAGUGACAAUUAUGUGGCUCUCGAAAAGGAGGUGAUAACUAUUUUAAAAUCUUCACCGAUAUUUUCGUUAUCUCUUGAUCUUCUUAACUCUAUACCCGGAAAUGGUACACGCUCGGCGAAGGAUCUCCUCGACGAUGUCCUUUUAGCGUGGGUAGGAAUGACUGCUGGAGAUAUUCUCGAAGAUGUCAAACCACUACGUCAUUGUGCUUUUGAACACGUUUUUAUUGGGAAAUUCAUUGGAGACAAAUUGACGGGAUUGCACGCCUGGCAGAGGUUCUUUAUUUUGGAGCGUGAUAACCGCCUGAGAGUGAUUCACUUCUAUAAAAAACAUCGAUGUCUAAAUCUCGCCGCCAUGCGUUUUGUGCUUGAUGGCAAGCUUAGGCUUUGCAGCUCUAUUUUCUUUGGACUUCCAAUGGAUUUUGAGUUGAUGAUUUUUUUUGUCAUCUUACGUACUAAAAAACGUCGCGUGACAACUUCAGUACUACUAGCCAAUGAAGCUGUUCAAAUUUCUUGUUUUCCUUUAGCAUAUGAUGACAAAGUUAUUUCCUCAGCAUACUUUCUUUCUUAA